CAUAAGGAUAAAUGGUGUUCAUUGAUAAUAACAUGCUCAUUGAUUGUGUGUGUGUGUGUGUUAGUGUGUGUGUAUGUUUAUGUGUGUGUGUUGGAUAUGUAAUGUGUCUGCUUUAAAUGCUCCAGUGUUCAGGCUAUCAGCUGUCUGUGCGUGUUGGGACUCUUCCUGUGGACAUGACGGGGUCGCUCUGACCACGGUUUCGGGCUGCAGAGUCCACUUCGCAUUUUGAGCGACGCCCCCAAAUUCCGUGCAGAGUGUUUGCAGACCCUCCGGGACGGAGAGGUGGAGGAGGAAUCGGCAGCUCCGCCGUCCAUAUACACUACAAUCACCACGCCAUUAGUUCAUGACUUCAUCCUAUCUUUGACAGGAGAGUUCGGACGGAUUUUAAGAAGCUCUCCAGGACUCUGAGGCUGCUGCAGAGAAUGGGAAUAGGGACACAGGCCAAGGCUUGCCAUUUUGGCUGAAGUAACAGCAGGACGGUUGUCAACCCCGCAUCGGCUUCAAUCCCCUUUUCCCUCACCUCUCCUCCCACACAUACACACACACACACACACACACACACAUACACAAGGAUAGACACUCCCACACACAGCCACUGCUAUGUCCACCGCCGUAGACAUCGCUGGCCCUUCCUCCCCAGAUCAAGCCCACAGCAGCGCUAAAAUUCCCAACGAGCCACUGAGACCCAGCCUUAAACGUUCCAGCCACCCCUACAGCCUCUCUCAUUACAUCUCCGCCCCUUCCCCAGCCGUGGACGUCAAAGGCCUGAUCCAGCCCUCCCCGGCCCAGCAACGGGCUGCCCAGCCCGGGCACACUAAACCCCGCCGGGCCCCCUCCUGGCCUGACAUGUGGGAGUCACCUAGCGGGCUCCACCUGGCCCACGCCGCAGAGCUGCUGAUGCGCGCCGGGCUGCUGGCUCUGACCCCCGCCACCACAGAGCAGGCCAGCCUGGGUGCGCAGAGCAGCCAGCCGGCUAAAAGGGAGGCCGUGGAAGCGAAGGUUGGGAAGGGAGAUGGGGAGGGAAGCGGAUCCGGGCCCGAGGAGGAGGAAGAAGACUCUCCCGGGUGCGGCACCGACUUCCAACCCUUCCUGGGCGCCUGGUUACCCUUCAGCCCCGCUCUCUUUCCUCUGGCGGGUUUUCAGAUGGGGGGAGGCCAUUGGAGGAGCGCGACCAUGGGAGCCGAGGGCAUAGAGGGGCUGGUGGCAGAGGGCUACUCUCCAGGUUCUCUGGGCGGGGGCGGCGGAGGGAGGAGGAAGAGGAAGAGGUGCGGAGAGUGCGUACCGUGCCGGCGUCAGACGAACUGCGAACAGUGCAGCAGCUGCCGCAAUCGCAAGAGGGGACACCAGAUCUGUAAAUACAGGAAGUGCGAGGAGCUGAAGAGGAAGCCCGGAGGCCCUGGGUUCGAGAGCAGAGUGUCCGCAUUUGAUCUAAGGGGGUCCGACUUUACUUUGGGUCUGGCGCAGGAGAGAAGCAACGGAGCCUUGGAUGGAUAGUAAUGUUUGUUGGUGGCAGCAUUUGUCAGAGGAUCCCGGUUGGAUGAUUGUUGAGGGGCUGCAGUUUUUUUUAAAAACACACAGAGACACCAUGUUAACACGCUCGGACUGUGGCGGAAAGAUCUCCAGAUCUUUGUGUUUAGCGCGGGGGCUGCAGCUCCGUUUUUUCAGAAUGUUCACACUCGUUCCCAUCCUUUCUUUUGACAAUCAGUGAAUUGGAGAGGAGAGAAAGAAGGAUACCAAUGUGUGUCAAUAUUUAGAUGAUGACAAAAAUGCUGUAAAUAGACUGUAAAUAUCUGGAAAACAUUAUGUCUUUUUUUACAUCCCUUUCCAGUUUGGAUGUAUUGUGUUUCGACAUUUAAAGAAGGAGCCAAAUGUUUUGUUUCUAAUGGGGGAGUUUUGAUUCUGUUGUUCUGACGUCACUGCAUCAGUAAGAAAUGAAUGAGUUCAGCUUAGGCUAAAUUAUUUCAUGUGCAACUUGUACUGUCUGUUUGCCCUUUUGAAAUAAAAGAAAUUG